AUGUUUGUCCUCAAGAAUGUUGGCAAGCUGAUCUUCGGCAAUAGUAGCCAGGAGUCCAUGAUCGAGUUGCCCCAGGGACAACUAUAUCUCGUCAGGCCGCUCUCCCCAAAGGGCUACUCGGAGCUCAUCUUCAAAGACGCCACCGCCCGCAUUCGCCGCACCGGUCAGGAUUUCCAAUACCAGCUAGUUGUCCAGAGAGUCUACGAGGAGGGUGAGGCCGAGCUUCUGGCCGAUGAAGAAGGAGAGGACGCCGAGAUCGACGCCCUUGCCAACGAACGAGACGAAAAGACUUUCCUCCUCGACGAGGCCCUGCAUUUUCGCCUCGAGACUCGCCCCGGCUCCGGCACCAUUCUCGCAUGGAAGGAUCUGAGCGGCGACGUAGGCGACCUGUACGAGUUUGUCUGCGACUCCGGCGUGCAGUCCAUGCAGAUCGAGGCCUUUGAGCGCAUAGCAAAGCAGUGUCAGUACGAACGCAAGUAUCGGAAACCCCACACCACUGCUUCCGAGAGCGAUCUGCAGCAGUUUGAAUUCGAGGACGAGCAGCCCAUCCCCCAGGCUAGCCCCAUCCAAAGCCCAACCAUCGGCCGAACCUUUGAAUCGGCAGACGACAUGUUCUUCGCCAAGACCGCCGCCAACACUGGCGUCAAACGCGAGGCGGCACCUCCCCAGCAAUCCUUGACUGCCGCUACGGACCCUGAACAAGAUACCCCCGAACCGCCUAGAGAGGAGAGAGAGGUGCGCGCGCCCGCAAGGGAGAUGGCCCCUCCCCCUGUCCCGACCCAACCAGAGCCCCUCGAGAUCUUAUCCAUGGAGCUCGGGGAGCUACACUUCUUCGAUUUUCCUUCGGGGUCUUUCAUUCUCAAGGAUACCUCGGUCACGGCACAGGUGUCCGAUGUUGGAAACUGGCAAUAUUGGUUGCAGGUCGCAAGUAAGGAUCAAGAAUGGCUGGGCAUCCCAGUCAUUGCCGACAUCAAUCCGGUUUUCAACUUUGAGUUCCUUUCCUUUAUUUUCAACCAGUUCACCGAGGAUGGCUCUGCCUACUCUUGGCUCCUCCGUUUUAAAGACCAGCAGACAUUGGAGCGGUUCCAGGAGGGGCUCAUGCGAGCACUGUGGGAGCAACUGAACGAAAUCAAGUGGACAAAGGUCAAAGAUCAGGAACGGCAGUAUGUGCUCGAUGCCUUUGAAGAUCUCAAGAUGGAGGAUGUGCCUGAAGAGGGGCCCGAGGAGGAGGAGGAGCAAGAGCCCGACGUGGACGAGGAGGAGGAGGAGGAGGAUGAAGACCCCGGAAUCCGGAGCGAACACUACGAUUCUGAUGAGGAGCACGAUGACCUGGAAACACAACCACAGGAUAAGGCUACAAACAAGUCCAUAUCUGUAGGAUACAAGCACGACCGAUCGUUUGUCGUUCGUGGAUCCAAGAUCGGCGUUUUCAAGCAUGCGCCAAACAAUCAUCUCGAGUUUUCUACGAACAUUUCCGAGGUCAAGACGCCCAAGGGUGCACUGUUCACGCCCAAGAAAGCCAUGUUACACAACGAGGACCGGAAUAUGAUUCUGCAGAAUGAGGCGGAUCCCACCAAGCUCUACCGCAUGGAUCUCGAGUAUGGCAAGGUUGUUGAUGAGUGGAAUGUUCAUGAUGAUGUGCCCGUCGUGACGUUUGCCCCCGAAAACAAAUUCGCCCAAAUGACACACGAACCAACAUUUCUGGGUAUCAGCCACAACUCACUAUUCCGAGUGGACCCUCGUCUCGCCGGCAACAAGCUCGUCGACUCGCAGCUCAAGCAAUAUGCCUCCAAGAAUGACUUUAGCGCCAUAUCUACCACGGAGAAGGGCUAUGUUGCCGUUGCCUCCAACAAGGGUGACAUUCGUCUCUUUGACCGUCUCGGAAUCAACGCAAAGACGCAUAUCCCAGCUCUUGGCGAGCCCAUCCUCGGACUUGACGUGUCCGCUGACGGCCGCUGGGUCCUCGGUACUUGUCGUACCUACCUGUUGCUGAUUGAUGCCAAACAGAAGAGCGGCAAGAACGAGGGCAGACUUGGCUUUGAGAAAUCAUUUGCUGCAGACUCGAAGCCUCAGCCGCGCCGUCUCGCAUUGACACCAGAGCACGUGGCCCAGUUUGCCUACGAGACAGGCAAGCCCGUCACGUUUACACCCGCACGCUUCAACGUUGGCCAGUCUCUCGAGGAGACUUCGAUUAUCACGGCCACGGGCCCCUACAUCAUUGACUGGAACCUUAAGAAGGUCCUGCGUGGAGCCAAGGCACCUUACACAAUCAAGCGAUACACGGACGAAGUCAAGGCUGACGAUUUCAAGUUUGGCACGGACCAGAACGUGAUUGUUGCUCUGCCAAAUGAAGUCAACAUGGUGGCCAAGAAACAGUUGAAGCGACCCACGCGGGAUAGUAUUGCUGGUUUUGGCGCACAGUUGAGCACACCCCGUCGCAGUUCGGGUCGCAUUGGAACAAGAGAAAGCGGACGUUACAAGCUCGGCAAGGAGGACGUUGUUGCCUCGCCGUUUUAG